ACUAACAUACCAUCGUAAAGCAAUUAUACUCCAAUAAAGAUGUUAAAAUAAAAUUAAAAAAAAAGAAAAAAAGAAGUAGAAUCUGGGACUUCCCUGGUGGUCCAGUGGUUAAGACUCUGCACUCCCAAUGUAGGGGGCCUGGGUUCAAUCCCUGGUCAGGGAACUAGAUCCCUCAUGCCACAGUGAAGAUCCCACGUGCCGCAACUAAGACCCUGCAAGCCAAAUAAAUAAAUAUUUUAAAAAAAAGUAGAAUCUUUUUCUCCAUCAUUGAAUCUGGGCUUGACCACCUGACUUGCUUUACUCAAUAGGGACAUUAGCAAAUGUGAUGCAAGCAGAGGCUUGAAAAGUGUUUAUGUACUAGGGCUUGCCUUGUUUUUUGUUGCUGGGAAUCCUGAGACCACCAUAUGAAGAAGCCUGGGCUAGCCUCCUGGGGAAGGAGAGACCACAUAGAGACUGGGCCCAGUCAUCCCAGCUGAGGCCCAAGCAUGUAAAUGAGGUCAUUCAGCUACACCAUUCAGCUCCUGGUGAGCUAACCCAGACCUGAAGAACCACCCAAUCAAUCUACUGAACAUGAAAAGUAAUAAAUGUUUGCUAUUUUAAUCCAUGAAGUUCGGGGAGGUUUGUUAUGCAGCCAAAGCUAAUUGAUACAAACAUGCUGUAGAUAAUGAUUAUUUCCUAGAACAAUUUCCUAGAAUUCAACUUUCUGGGUCAGAAAAUAUGUACACAUACGUUUUGAUUCAUAUUGCCAAAAAGACUGUAUCAGUUUUAUAAGCCAUCAGCAGUAUAUGACAGUGCCCACAUUCCCCAACUUUGUCAACGCUGGACAUUAAUGUGUGUUGUUAUCUUCAUAACUAUACUGUUCUUGUAAGUUAACACAUAAACAUUUUCCAUUCCCUCUCAAUUCACAGUCAAUUUAGAGAAAAAUAGACCCCCAAAACUUACUCUUAUAUGAAAAGAAGAGCAGAAAAGAGAGAGAAAAUAAUAGUGAGAGAAUAAAACAGAGUCAAAGGUUAUAAACGCAGAGGAAAAAAAAAAUAGAAAUAUAGAAUGCAGCAGGGACUUCCCUGGUGGUCCAAUGGUUAAGAAUCUGCCUUCCAAUGCAGGGGACGUGGGUUUGAUCCCUGGUCGGGGGAAUUAAGAUCCUACAUGCCUCGGGGCAACUAAGCCCACGUGCUGCUACCAUAAAGACCCAGCACAGCCAAAAGAAAAAAAAAGAAUAGAGCAACCUCCAAGCCUUUUUAUACAUAGGGUACUUAACAUGCAUUCAGGAAUAGCUGUGAACCGAAUAAAUGAUUUGGAUCAUCAAAGAGGCAUGGAAAGGAAAUGUCCAUUUAGGCCAAACCUAGUGAAACUGGGAACACUGUAAAAGCAGGUACUGGCCUCUUUCUUAUGUGGUUGCAUUUAAUUCUUACAACAAUACUCUGAGAUAGGGAUGAUUGUUCCCGCCUUACAGAUGAAGAAAAGUGAAAGGUCAGAGCUUUCAAAUAAAUUAAUACAGAUUAUACACCUGAUAAAGAGUUGAGUCAGAUUUGAGUCCAGGUUUGUCUGGCUUGAAAACUAUGUGCUUCCCCUUACUCUUCCAGAGAUGUGGAGAAGACUGUCAACUAAUGCUGGGAGGAGGUAUAUCCUCCUUUUGAUUCAUAUUGCCAACCUGCUCUUCAGAGGGCUGUUAGAUUGCCUGGGUUUGAAUUCCAGCUCUACUGCUUACUAGCUGUGUGACUCAGCCUCUCUAUGCCUCAGUUUCCUCAUCUGUAAAAUGGCUUCAUAAGUGCCACGAGGAUAAAUGAGCACAUCGAGGUAAAGCACCUAGUGCAGUGGCUGGCCAUGGUACAGUGCUGCAUAAGCUGGCUACUUACAGCACGUCAUUGCAGCAGCCAUGGGACUAUUCUAAUGAACCUGUUGCCAGAAAGUCCUUACAAAGUGGCUUUGCUUAUACUCACAUGGCCAUGUCAUGGUGGAAUUUUCCAUGUGGCAGGACUGACCCUGCUGCCAUGUUUCGCUUCAUCCAGGCUUGGGGGAGAGGGGAAAGAGGUGAGUGAUGUGAUGCCACAUUGCCAUCAGACUGAACAUGAACAACUCCAGAGACUUGUCCUAUGUGGAUAUCCCAAGGUCGUGCUGCUGCAGACCACAGUGUGGCUGGAUGUGCAAGUUCCUUGCUCAGGGAACCCCUGACUAACCUAGAACCCAUGUGCCUACUCUACCAUCUGGGAAAUAGAACAGGCUUCCUCCAGCCGUACAAUUCUCAUUUCUACCUAUAGGAUUUUAAUAACAACAACAACAACAACAAUAAUAAUAGCAGCUAGAGUACUCAUUACACGCCACACAUUGUCCUAAGCAUUUUACAAGUAUUGUUCCAUUUAAUUCUCACAACCAUCCUUUGAAAUAGGUACUAUUCUUAUUUCCAUUUUACAAGAGAGGAAAUUGAGUCCGAAUCCAGAAUCUUUCAUCCUAACUAUGACACUGUACUGUCUCUUGUUUGAGAACAUGCAAUUUUGGGGUGGAAAAUGCCAAAAGACAGCAAUCCAACAUUUCUCAGCCUGAUCCAUUCAUCACCUACCCUCUCUCAGCCACAAGAGCAUUCCAUGUUAGAAAUGCUCACAGCAAGAGGUUUGAGAACUGAGGUGAGAGUCAAGAAAUGGGUGGUGGAUUUGCUUCCAUUCCAAGCCUUCUCAGGUCAAAUCCAUAUACUCUUUUGCAAAAGAGAGGUGGGACGAGGAUGAGGCACUUUAAAAAAUUUUGUGGUAAAAAAACAAAACAAAAAACUAGGCACUCUUCAGUGAAGCAGACUGUAACACCACCAGGCUUGAUUAAGGAAUGACAAUAUGGAAGGCAGAUGGCAGAUGCAUAGAUGCCACACUAUUGCCUUUCAGUUAAAUAUUGCUUGGUGUGUGGGUUUUUUUUUUUCCUUGUAAACCUCCCAAAUAAAGUGAUUUGCUUUCCUCAAGUUAGAAGUGUUAGCUCGUCUUUCCUUUAAAUAUCUGUGCAUAGCUGUUUUUUUCCCUGCCGAUUUGUCACCAUCUGUAACCCUUCCUUUGUGAGAUGAUCUGAUGACAACAAUUAUCUUGGAGAGUAAAAGUGCAGUCUUGAAACAACAUGUAAGGGUGGACUCAGAGUGUGGGCUGUGUGUACAUGAUGCCCGAACACUUUGUGUGUGUUGUAUGUGUGUUGUGUGUGUGUGUCCAGAACCUCAAUAUAGAACAUAUGUUGGCUCUGGGUGCCUGGUGCAUGUAUACAUUUUGUGUGAAUAUGCAGUGUGUGCAUUCUGUGAGUGGUGAGUGUGUGUGUGUGUGUGGACCGUGUGUCGGGCUGAGUGCCUGCCUGUGUACUUUGGGUCUAUGCGCUCCCUGUAUAGAUAUCGUGCUGACAUCCUGAAUGUGGGUCACCUCCUCCGUGCUGCUCUGUAUGUGCUGGCUGAAGAGGGGCAGUGCGGACAGCUGGGGGAAGACGUUCUCCAUGAGAGCACAAUUUCUCAAAGGUGUUAAAGGGAAUGGGGAGGGCCUGCAAUCUGGGGAGUUGGGCCAAAAAAUAUCAGCAGGGUUUGGGCCUGGGUCAAAGGAAUGUAAAUUCCGGGAGUCUUGCAAGAGGGUGUUGCUGGGAUGGGUGCUGACCACGAAGCGGAGAGGGAGUCUCCGGCGUUUCUGCAGGGCGGCUCGCUCCGGCUAGGGCAGCAGGCUGGGUGCAGCUCUGCGGGGCGGGCCGCGGGCACCCGGAAAGAGGACUGGGCGCCGGGCGGACGGCGGGGCGCGGCAGGCGCGCUCCUCCCCCUGCCCCACGUCUCCCCCACCCCUGGCGCGGCGCCGCGGGGGGAGGGGGGCGCAGGCAGGCGGGGGCGGGGGCGGCGGCGGCAGCGGAGCAAGUGGCUACGGCGACUGCUGCGAUGAAGGGCGGUGGCGCGGCCGGGCCGGGGGCCGAGGCCACGGCCCCGGCGAGGGCCAGCCGGCGGGAGCCCUAAGGUGCCGCCGGCCCCGACUCCACCAUGAGCGUCGCGCUGCAGGAGAUGAGCGGCGGCGGCAACAUGGUGGAGUACAAACGCGCCACGCUGCGGGAUGAAGACGCACCCGAGACCCCCGUAGAGGGCGGGGCCUCCCCGGACGCCGUGGAGGUGGGCAAGGGGGUCAUCCCUGUCUCACCAGGCCCCCGCCCUGGCAUGACGGCCGGCACACCCGGGAGCUCUGGGUUGCCCUGGAGGGUCACCUGCCCCCACCUCCGAUCCAUCUCUGGCCUCUGCGCUAGGACUAUGGUGGGAUUCCGGAAGAGGACAAGACACCUCUUGGGCUCGCACACCCAGCUGGAGCUGGUCUUGGCUGGUGUCUCUCUACUGCUGGCUGCAGUGCUUCUGGGUUGCUUGGUGGCCCUGUGGGUCCAGUACCACAGAGACCCAUCCCACAGCACUUGCCUCACGGAGGCCUGCAUUCGAGUGGCUGGAAAAAUCUUGGAGUCCCUGGACCGUGGGGUGAGCCCCUGUGAAGACUUUUACCAGUUCUCCUGUGGAGGCUGGAUUCGGAGAAACCCUCUGCCUGAUGGGCGUUCUCGCUGGAACACCUUCAACAGCCUCUGGGACCAGAACCAGGCCAUACUGAAGCACCUGCUCGAAAACACCACCUUCAACUCCAGCAGUGAAGCUGAGCGGAAGACACAGCGCUUCUACCUCUCCUGCCUACAGGUGGAGCGCAUUGAAGAGCUGGGAGCCCAGCCGCUGCGAGACCUCAUUGACAAGAUUGGUGGUUGGAACAUUACGGGGCCCUGGGACCAGGACAACUUCAUGGAGGUGCUGAAGGCAGUAGCAGGGACCUACAGGGCCACCCCCUUCUUCACUGUCUACAUCAGUGCCGACUCUAAGAGUUCCAACAGCAAUGUUAUCCAGGUGGACCAGUCUGGGCUCUUUCUGCCCUCUCGAGAUUACUACCUAAACAGGACUGCCAAUGAGAAAGUGCUUACCGCCUACCUGGACUACAUGGAGGAGCUGGGGAUGCUGCUAGGAGGACAUCCAGCCUCCACGCGGGAGCAGAUGCAGCAGGUGCUGGAGCUGGAGAUACAACUGGCCAACAUCACGGUGCCCCAGGACCAGCGGCGGGAUGAGGAGAAGAUCUACCACAAGAUGAGCAUCGCAGAGCUGCAGGCCCUGGCGCCCUCCAUGGACUGGCUGGAGUUCCUGUCCUUCUUGCUGUCGCCGCUGGAGCUGGGUGAUUCUGAGCCUGUGGUGGUGUAUGGGACGGAUUAUUUGCAGCAGGUGUCAGAGCUCAUCAACCGCACAGAGCCAAGUGUCCUGAACAAUUACCUGAUCUGGAACCUGGUGCAGAAGACAACAUCAAGCCUGGACCGCCGCUUUGAGUCUGCACAAGAGAAGCUGCUGGAGACCCUCUAUGGCACCAAGAAGUCCUGCACACCAAGGUGGCAGACCUGCAUCUCCAACACGGACGACGCCCUUGGCUUCGCUCUGGGCUCCCUCUUUGUGAAGGCCACGUUUGACCGGCAGAGUAAGGAAAUUGCAGAGGGGAUGAUCAGCGAGAUCCGGACUGCCUUUGAGGAGGCCCUGGGACAGUUGGUUUGGAUGGAUGAGAAGACCCGCCAGGCAGCCAAGGAGAAAGCAGAUGCCAUCUAUGAUAUGAUUGGUUUCCCAGACUUCAUCCUGGAGCCCAAAGAGCUGGAUGAUGUUUAUGAUGGGUAUGAAGUGUCUGAAGAUUCCUUCUUCCAGAACAUGUUGAAUUUGUACAACUUCUCUGCUAAGGUGAUGGCUGACCAGCUCCGCAAGCCUCCCAGCCGGGACCAGUGGAGCAUGACCCCCCAGACAGUGAAUGCCUACUACCUUCCAACCAAGAAUGAAAUCGUCUUCCCCGCCGGCAUCCUGCAGGCCCCCUUCUACGCCCGCAACCACCCCAAGGCCCUGAACUUUGGUGGCAUCGGCGUGGUGAUGGGCCACGAGUUGACACAUGCCUUUGAUGACCAAGGGCGCGAGUAUGACAAGGAAGGGAACCUGCGGCCAUGGUGGCAGAAUGAGUCGCUGGCAGCCUUCCGGAAUCACACGGCCUGCAUGGAGGAGCAGUAUAGCCAGUACCAGGUCAACGGGGAGAAGCUCAACGGCCGCCAGACGCUGGGGGAGAACAUUGCUGACAACGGAGGGCUUAAGGCUGCCUACAACGCUUACAAAGCAUGGCUAAGAAAGCAUGGGGAGGAGCAGCAGCUACCAGCCGUGGGGCUCACCAACCACCAGCUCUUCUUUGUGGGAUUUGCCCAGGUGUGGUGCUCGGUCCGCACACCCGAGAGCUCUCACGAGGGGCUGGUGACGGACCCCCACAGCCCUGCCCGCUUCCGCGUGCUGGGCACGCUCGCCAACUCCCGUGACUUCCUGCGGCACUUCGGCUGCCCUGUCGGCUCCCCCAUGAACUCAGGGCUGCUUUGUGAGGUGUGGUAGACUUGGGUUGGGGAGAAAUGGCCAGCUGUUGCCAGGGCCUGGGGCAGUUUGCCCAGCGAGGCUGUCUGCUCUGCGGUUUGGAGAAGGCAAAUGCCAGCUGGGCUGGGUCCGGCCCCUCCACACCACGGAUGACAUGAGUCCUAGUCCCUCCUCGACCACCACAUCGUGCCAAGGCUUUGGGGGUGUCCCUGCCUCCAGCAGAGUCCCCACCAUUCACUGUGACAUUCUUCCGCGUCACCCUGCCUGGAGGAUGCCUGGGCAGAGGGCACCAGUUCCCACAGGAAGGAGUCCACCUCUUCUGGUCCCAAGCUCCCUGGGCUUGGUGGCCACGGGGCCUGCUGUGACUGCCACAUGCUGACCACGCAGGGCCCUGCUGGUGUGCCUCCCACACUUCUCCCCAAGGCUCACUCAGUGCUCCCUCGGGAGUAGACAGAGCUCCUUUCAGCCCCACCCUCGGGGUGGCCCCCACCCCGUGUUCUUCCUGCUGCUGCUCCUAAUACUGCUGCCAGCCCUCGCUGACAAACCACCUGUGCUCAGUGCUUAGUGGAAGCCUUUACGAACCUUCCUGCCGCCUCCCAGGUUCCCUAGGCUCAGAGGGGAAGAGUGUACAUGUAGGGGAUGCUAGUCCCUGUGUCUCGGCAUGCAAGACUUAGGGGAUGACUGAUUCUCCCUGGACCAAGCAGGAAAGCAGACAGAGCAGGGAGAGGGAAGGAUAGAGUUUAUUUUUACAGGAAAGAGGGUGGGGAAGGAAUGGUCUUGGCCCUGUAGGACCCUGUGCCAAUAAACAGACACGCAUCAGUCA